UCGAUCUGCUCAAGCAAUGUCACCUCAGCCGUCUUCAAAACGGCAAGAUCUUCAAGGAAUCCGAGGAUUGGCAAUUCUUUCAGUUCUUGGAUUUCACUUUUAUCCAACUUAUUUUCCAAAUGGAUAUCUAGGUGUUGAUCAAUUCUUUGUGCUCUCGGGAUUUCUUAUGUGCAUGUUACUUACAAAAUCAGAAACAAUGCCAGUUAUCUCUGGUGUCUUACACUUUUAUUCUCGUCGUUUCAAAAGGAUUCUUCCAUUAUAUCUUCUAUUCAUAUUUCUAACUGUUAUUUCUCUCUACACAAUAUUCCCAGAUACAGCUUUACUUCAAAAUCAAUCUUCUGCAACAAAAGCCUUAUUAUUCGUUUCAAAUAGACCUCAUACUGGAGAAGAAGAUUAUUUUGAGAAACUUUUGAUUGCAAUUGACCUGUUCACUCAUACAUGGUCACUUUCAGUUGAAAUUCAAUUUUAUUUUAUUGUUCCACUCAUUUUCCUCAUUGGAAGCUAUUUUUCGGGAUUCUACAAAUACGGAUAUUAUUUUGUUUUAGGACUGAUCUCAUUCACAUUCUAUUCAAUUCUCCCACUUGAAGUGGCUUUUAACAGUUUAUUUGCAAGAAUAUGGCAAUUUCUUAUAGGAAUGGUUAUUUAUUUACAUUCAGUGAAUCCUUCUAAAUCUGGAAACUCAAGUUCCUAUAAACUCUUGGAGACUGCUGAAAAUGGGGAAAGCGAAAAGGUUUCACUAGUUGACGAUUUUUCGGAAGAUGAAGUGGAAGACGAAAUCGUAGAUAUUGCAAAGCCUCCAACACCUCCAGCUCCAUCAACAUAUCUCGGACCAUUUUCCAAAUAUUGUUUCCUGAUUCCAAUGGCUUUUGUGGUCACAUAUCCUAUUGCAAUGCCCCUCUUCACCUUUUUCACUGGUCUUUUGAUGCUUGUCUCAACUGAUGAUGAGUUUCUGAGUAACCGAGUACUCACUUAUAUUGGUGAUAUUUCAUAUUCACUUUAUUUAAUUCAUUGGCCAAUUUAUGCGUACACCAAACUAACAUUUGGAAAUGAUCCAUACGCACUUGCUGCUGGCUUAAUCAUAUCUGUAAUCGUGGCAUUUAGCGUUUACGAGACUUAUGAAAAAUGGUACCUGAAACUGUCAAACAUGAGUUGUGCACUUUUGAUAAUCUGUCUCUUCAUUACCAAUGUAGUUCUUAUCAAUAAAGAUGCAAUUCAAGAUAUGAAUUUUAUGAAUGAACAAGUUAACAGCGGAAAUUCCACAUCUUCACGACUUGACGGAGUGACUCCCAAUAUGACUUUUGAUGACGCUACACGUUUGAACAAAUAUUGGAACAAGUAUGAUAUUGAAGUGAUGAUUGAGCCAGGAUGUGUUAAAAGAACGCCCCAACAUAGCAGAUGGUGUGAUUAUGAGCUUAAAGGCGACGAAUUCAAGCUGGCAAUAUUUGGAAACAGUUAUACAAAGAAUCAUCAUAAAAUGUUUAUUCAAGAAUGCAAAAAUCGAGCAUACAAUAUUACAGUAGACUCGGAGAGAGGAUGUGAACCACUGGCGGCAAGUCCAAAUGACAAACACUGCUUGAAAAAACUGUCUGAAUUCGCUGAGUUCAUCGAAAAUGCAAAGCCAGAUUACGCAUUCAUGUUUACCAGGUUUUUUGCUGUUGCUGAUAAAUUUAAAGACUCCAAUUCAACAGAUCUGUCAACUGAUAGUAUUUAUCUCAUGAUGAAAAGUCAAUUGAACAAAUUUAUUCCAUUUAUCAAAAAGAAAUUGUAUAUUCUUGAUUCAUUUCCAAGAGCAAAUUCUGGUUAUAUUGCACGGGUUCCUGGUGAUUUGAAAAAUGGAAAGAAAAUUGAGGAUAUUAGUAAAGCUAUGUUACGACCAGAUGGAUAUGAAAGAGGUCGUCUUCGACAUGCUGCUCUCGUAAAAGAAUGUGGUGACAAAUGUGAAUUAAUUGAUUAUCUUCCAUUAUUCUGGAACAAUUCUACACAUCUUUAUCAAUAUUUUGAUUCACGUGGAUUCUCUUAUUUCACAUCUCCAAAUCAUUUGUCUGCUCAUGGAAUUGAACUUGUCAGGCACAUUUAUACAAAAAUAUGUGCUAAUUUAGAUUAA